CUUCCUUCGUAUGCAUUUACUUCAAUUCCAUCCGCAUAAUGUUUAGCUUGUCGCUCCGACGGCUGCUUGGCACACGCAAUAAACGCAUUCUACUUUUUCUCUUGCUCCUCGUGUUAUUAGCAUUCAUAUAUCACAGUCACAGCCGCAACAACAGCGAAACCCUCGAAAACGAAACUGCUGCUCCUCCCCCCAACCCUUGGCUGAAAUUCGCCGACCAUCUACCUACCGAAGAAUACGACGCCCUCCUAACCGUCCGCGCCUCACGGCCCUCGCCCUGGACCUCACUCACCACGCCAAACUGGCAGGCUACUGAAGCCCAACAGCGAUCCCUCAACCGCAUAAUCCGCAACGCGCUGCAGCACCCCGAGGCAACGCAAGAAACAUGGCAAGCGCGGCAGGAUCGCGUUGUUGGCGCCACAAAGUAUGCGUGGGACGCGUAUCGACGCAACGCAUUCGGUUGCGACGAGUACCACCCGAUAUCGCGCACGGGCACGAACAACACCCGGCAGGGGGUUGGCUACUUUGUGGCCGAUGUUUUGGACACUUUGCUGCUCAUGGGUCUGGUGAAAGAGUACAACGAGGGGAGGAAUUUCCUGGUCCACCAUGUGUCGUAUGACCAGCCGGGCGUUGUGUCUCUGUUUGAGACCACUAUCAGGGUGUUGGGCGGCCUGUUGGCGGCUUUCCACUGGUCUGGAGAGUCCGACCACGGGCUGCUGGACCUGGCGACAGAUCUCGGCCUGCGCCUGGCCAAGUCCAUGAACACAUCGACGGGGAUUCCGCCCGAAACCGCCAUCCUGCGCUCCGACGGAAUGCCAUAUGCCUCCCUCAGCAGCACAGCCGAGGUAGCCACACUCCAGCUAGAGUUCCGGUACCUCUCGAAACUCACCCACCACACAGAGUUUCGCACUGCCGUUGAUCGCAUAAUGGACGUUCUCCUGCAGGCACCCAAGUACGACGGGCUGGUGCCCAUAUAUGUUAAUGCUCAGACAGGGCAGUUUGCUGGUGACGAUAUUCGGCUCGGAUCACGCGGGGAUAGCUACUAUGAGUACCUGCUGAAACAGUGGAUGCAGACUGGCCAAACUGAACCGCGGUACCGCGAGGAAUACGAUCGCGCCAUGGACGGUGUCAAGAAGUUUUUGGUGGAGGUCACACCGAUGCAGAACCUGACCUACAUCGGCGAACUCACUGGGCUUCUGUCGGGCACGCCGGUCUUUAAGCCCAAAAUGGAUCACCUGGUGUGCUUUUUGGGCGGUAAUCUUGCCCUGGGCGCAACCAAAGGAAAUACCCCUUUGGAUAUUUCGGCGCGAGACCGCGAGGACCUUAUACUUGCUCGCGAACUCACUGAGACCUGCGUCCGCAUGUAUCUCGACAUGCCCCUGGGGCUGUCGCCCGAAAUCGCACAUUUCCGCCAAUCCCCCGCCUCCCCCGAUGACCCCAAUCAAGGCGAUAUUUUGGUUCACCAGGCGGAUCGUCACAAUAUUCUGCGUCCAGAAACGAUCGAGUCAUUGCUUUUGCUGUGGCGCAUCACGGGAGAGGACAAGUGGAGGGAGUACGGGUGGGUGAUUUUUGAAAACUUUGAGAAAUGGGCAAAGAUGGAUAAUGGUGGUGGGUUUACUGGACUGAGAGAUGUCACAGAAGUGCCACCAAAAAGGGAGGACAAGAUGGAGACGUUUUUUGUGGCCGAGACAUUAAAGUACUUUUACUUGUUGUUUGGCAGUGCCGAUAAGGUGCCGCUUACAGAGUAUGUGUUUAAUACGGAGGCACACCCGUUACCUAUGUUUUCAUGGGAGUAAAAAAUAUAUAUUUAUUUUGCAAUGUAACAUAUAAUUACUCGUGUC